AUGACCUCAAGCCCACCAAGUAUUCUUGUCCAAAUCCAGCUGUUUACUGUCCGAGCUACUUGUGAAGCAAAGUCGAGCUCUAGCUCGACGGAGUCAAGUCCGCAAGCUGAGUUUGAACGAGUUAAACGAGAAUCUCGCUUCGACCGUUCUGGAAAUAGUGGGAUCGGUAGUUGCAUGUGGACGAGAUAUGCGGAGGAGGUUGCGAUCUACUUCGGAGUUAUAAAAGGAGGACGAUUCUUGAUCACAAGGCAUGAUGUUCCUUUCUACAUCUCUAAGAGAUUGAAUGUUCUUGACCUCUCGAUAACUACUCUUUACGCUGUGAUGCGGCAUCUAUGGGAUGAGUACAAGUAA